AUCUACACUAGUGCCACUACUGACGAUGCGUGGCUGGUCCCGGCGGACGACGACUCACAUGACGACCAUUAACUCAGAAUUGGAUGCUCCUCCCAUCUCCUUCUUUAAUUUCUACGUCACUGCGCUGGCUGAGGCCGUUCCCAAAGCUCCAUCCUCCUCUAGCAGACGAACAUGAGAGGUAGGUUCUCAGCUGAGUCAACGAAAGAUAAUCUUUUUCUUUUCUACUUCAAAGAAUAGCAUAUUGACGUACUAUAUUUUAAAAAUUAAUCAUCAGAAAUUGAUCCAAAUUGUUGUUUUAGUAAUGUUAGUGCAACUGUGGAAGGGGGUAAAAUAUAAAAUAUAUAUAAUCUUUAAGAAAGUCUGAAAAUUAGAUUAGUCUUUUCAGAAUCUCAUGACUUUAAAUGUGUCAUUCGUGAAUUACUUUGUUUUUUUUUUCUUUCUCUUCUCUCAAAUGCAUUAGCCAAUGAAUUAUCAAUGGAAGAGACAAAUUAUACUUGAGAAUGAGAACCUGAUCUGAGAACCACACCAUCUAUUCUACUCUGUUUCAAGUUCUAGCCUCCUCCUCUCUUGUUUAUACUCUUUUUUUUUUUGUUUGAGCGAUUUUAUCUCUGUGAGGAAUGGACGGCCGUCAAAUAGUUCCUGCUCGAGAAAUCAGCAGCAGCAGUGGAGCAGCUUCGCCGGCGCCGGCGCCACCUCUGCCUCCCAAGCCCAUAUCGAAGUCUUGCGAGCCCGAUCUAUGUCCGACGACCUUCGUCCUGGCGGACGCCGCCUCCUUCAAGCAAGUGGUCCAGAUGCUCACGGGCACAGCGGAGACGGCGGCCGCGGCGUCGCUGAAAGCGCCGGUUGUUCCGGCGUUCAAGGCCCCCGGGCCAAAGAGGCCCGCUUUUAAGCUCUAUGAGCGGCGGAACAGCCUGAGGAACCUCAACCACCUCAGCCCCCUCGCGCUGACGACGCUCUCCCACUCCAGCCCCAAUUCCCCCGCCGCCGGCCUCUCGCCCCGCAGGCAGCCGGAGAUCCUGUCGCCGAGCAUGCUGGAUUUCCCCUCGCUGGCGCUCAGCCCGGUGACGCCCUUGAGCCCCGACCCCUUCAACCGGCCGCCGCACCCCAACUCGGAGGCGGCUAAGUGGGCGGAGGACAGGGCGAUCGCCGAGAAGGGGUUCUACCUGCACCCGUCGCCGAGGGCUUCGACGGCGACGGAGACUCCCCAGUUGCUGCCCCUGUUUCCGGUCACGUCUCCUAAAUUCUCCUCUGAUUUAUCCCUUCCGGUGCCUCAAUCUUUUGCCGGCGAUGUUUAAGCUGUAACACCGUGCAAAUUAAAAAAUCUUCUCUUUUUUUGAUCCGAUUAAAAUCUUCAUUUGACUUUCGCUGUAAAA